UCAGUGCGUAGGUGUGUGGGUGUGUGUGCGUGCAGAGGUGUGUGUGAGUCAUCGGGUGAAUAUGUUUGCGUGAAUGCCUUUGUAUACAUAUACACUGUGGUCGGAGAGCGAUUGUCCCAUGAGGCGCUCAGUGGAGAUGCGUGGAGCUCGAUCCUCUGCGCUGCGGCUCCUGCUGCUGAGCUGCUGGUGUGUUGCGGCGGCUGGUUACCCGUUCAGGACGCCGUCGGACCUGGAUGUGACGCCACGUAUCACCGUGUUGAGCAGCGGUCUCCAGGGUUGCAGACGUUUCCACUCCUCUGCAGUCAACUACAGCACCAUGUUGCUGGAGGCUGACAGUGAGCGUCUCUACGUCGGGGCCCGGGGGGUUGUGUUCGCCCUCAAUGCCUCUGACAUCUCAGCCAGCUCUGCUCUCACCAUUGAGUGGGAGGCCUCCCCAAAGCAAAAGCAUUUGUGCGUGCUCAAGGGAAAAGACAAUAAGACGGAAUGUUUUAAUCACAUCCGCUUCCUCCAGAGGUUCAACUCAACUCAUCUCUACAUGUGUGGGACUCAUGCCUUCAGUCCCCUCUGUGCAUACAUAGAUGAAGAGAGGUUUGUGAUGUCAUCUCAGCCUGAAGAGGGCAAAGACAAAUGUCCUUAUGGCCCAACAACAGGUUACACUGCCCUCAUUAUAGACCAGCAGAUAUAUACGGCUUCCCAGUAUGAGUUUAGGAGCUUUCCAGAUAUCCGCCGCAACUCUCCAUCUCCCACACUAAAGACAGAAGAUGCUCCCACACGCUGGCUGAAUGAGGCAGACUUCGUGGGUUCAGCACUUGUGAGGGAGAGUUUGGGCAGCAGCACCGGCGAUGACGAUAAGAUCUACUUCUUCUUCACUGAGACGAGCCAAGAACAGACAACAACCUACAGCCGCAGCAGGGUGGCUCGAGUAGCUCGGGUUUGUAAGGGCGACCGAGGAGGCCACUUAACUCUCCAGAAACGCUGGACGUCCUUCCUCAAGACCAGGUUGACUUGCUCUCUGCCUGAGUAUGACUUCCACUUCAACAUGCUGCGCAGCGUGUUCGUUAUGCCUGGACGCACACCACAGGACACGGUCUUCUAUGGCAUCUUUGGCCUGGAGUGGAAAAACGUGAAGGCGUCUGCAGUGUGUCGGUUCUCUCUGCCUGAAGUCCAAGAGGCCUUUCAAGGACCUUACAUGGAGACCCAGGACUCGGGCUCUAAGUGGAAGGAAUACACUGGAAAGAUCCCUGAACCACGACCUGGAACGUGUAUCACUGAUGCACUGAGGGCCAGGGGCAUAAACGUCUCCACCUCCCUGCCUGACGAUGUGCUGGAUUUUGUGAGGAGGCAUCCUCUGAUGUCCCAGCAGGUGCAGCCUUCAGACAGACGCCCCCUUUUGUUCAGGAGGACCACAGACUACACACAGAUGGCUGUACACAUGACCCAGGGAUUAGAUGGACAAACAUACAAUGUGUUAUAUAUGGGAACAGAUGAUGGCUGGUUGCACAAAGCCGUGGAAAUCAAAGGUCAGCUGCACAUUAUUGAAGAGCUUCAACUGUUUGAAGAUUCACAGCCUGUUAACAAUCUCCUGAUAUCUGCAAAACAGAUGAGUGUGUACGCGGGGUCUCCAUCAGGUGUGGCUCAGCUUCCGCUCUCUUACUGUCGCAGAUAUACUUCCUGCUAUGACUGCAUCUUUGCCAGAGACCCUCACUGUGCCUGGAACGGAGCAGAGUGUGUGGACGUAAUGAAACAAGCAAACAGAUCCACUUUAAUCCAGGACAUCCAGCAUGGCAGCAUAGGCUGUGAGAACACACAAGAUGAUGUUGUCCAGCGGAGCCGCUUGGUCCGUGUGGGUGAUGAUGUGCUGCUGCAGUGCGAGCUCAGCUCUAACUUGGCCACGCCGCUCUGGACUCUGGAUGACGACGAGGUGCAAGGAUACGACCUCAACUCCGGCUUCAGAACCGGCAACGACGGCCUGCUGAUCAUCGAAGCCCGGCAAGACCAGAGCGGUCUGUACACCUGCCACGCUGUCGAGAACAACAUUAUGGUGGCCAUAGUCACCUACAACAUAACCAUCCGCCUGGACCUGCCCCCUCCCCCACCUGUUGAGCCAGCUCGUGACACCUACAGCCUCUUCGCCACCCUACCAGGACCCUCCGAGCUUCCUGCCUCCAAGAGGCCCCCCCUGGCUUCUCUCCUUCCCCGCUCAGACAUACUUUCCCCCAAGAGCAUGGAGGCCAUGUACCUGUCCCUCAUCACCAUCCUCGGAGGCCUGUGUGUGGUCCUCACUGUGGUCCUCGUGUACGUGGGCUUCUGCUUGCGAGUCGGCAACAGAGGAAAGUACUCGUUACGUGCGGCGGCUGCAGCUUACCCGACCAGCAAGAGGCAUAGCAAGGCCAGAAAACACCACAGAAACUCCUCCCAAAUGGAGCUGAAGACAAUCUCUAGUCACUGUAACGGCAACGGCAUUUGUAAUGGAGUUUCAAAGCUGCAAAACGGCAACAUCCAAGAUGGAGGCUUCCUGCAGAUUGUCCCUGGUGGGGGUCAAACUUCACCCAACAAGGAGCCUCCUCCCCCAGCCCCACCUCUCCCUCCCACACCACAGCUUUCCUCUCCGGGGUGCGACUUCUCCAACGGGCUGUCAGCUACGCUGCCCAGCGUCCUGAGGAGGAUGAACGGGAACAGUUAUGUGCUGCUGAGGCAGAGUGACUCUGAAAACACGUCACCCCUCUGCCACUCCUUUGCAGAGGAGCUCAACAAGAUGUUAGAGAAGAGGAAGCACACUCAGCUGCUGCCCAGGCCGGAUGAGAGCUCCGUGUAGAGAGAUGUAGCUCCCCCAUGUAGUGGGCGGACUGCUGCUGUGUUCUUACUUGGUGCCUGUCACAUGACUCAAUAUUGUUGUGGACUAAAGCAAUAGAAGAGUCUUAUCUAGAUUAUUUACUUUGGAUUAUUAUUAUUAUUUUUUUUUUUGAACAAGUCC